ACGUUGGUUUUGUUCUUACUAGCAUGCAUGCUUUCUAAUGCUUUGGGUUCAAGAAGUCUCUCUAGAAUCAAUCUUGACUCAACCACCAUUUUUGAUGUGGCAACAUAUGGAGCCAAAGGAGACGGAAAAACUGACGAUUCCCCGGCGUUUAUGAAUGCAUGGAAUGCGGCGUGCCAAGCAGAACCAAAUGAUAGGAGUAUAUUAGUUAUACCGGAAGGGAAAACGUUCUUGUUGAAGCCAGUUUCUUUUAGUGGCCCGUGCAAGCCCUCCAGUGUCUACGUGCAGGUUUCUGGAAACAUAGUUGGUCCUACCAUGAAAACCGAUUGGAUCGGUUAUCAUAUCGAUACAUGGCUCUCAUUUUCAAUGGUGAAUGGUCUUACGGUUAGUGGGAGUGGACAAAUAAACGGUCAAGGUCCCCUUUGGUGGGAAAAUGCAUGCAUUGGUACUCCACCACCAGGAACAAGUUGUCAUGCGCCAGUGGCGUUAAUGUUUAAAAGAUGCAACGGCUUGCGACUCAAUGGCUUAACACAUGUAAACAGUCCACGAGUGCAUAUCACAAUAACUACUUGCAACAAUGUCAUUGUGUCUAAUCUUCAUAUCAUUGCCCCGGAAACAAGCCCAAAUACUGAUGGCAUUAAUGUAGCUAGCUCCACCAAUGUAAAUAUACGCGAUUCUUUUAUAGAAACAGGAGACGACUGUAUUGCUAUUAGUGGAGGUUCAUCUAAUGUCAAAAUCAGCGGUAUCAUGUGCGGGCCAGGCCACGGAAUCAGCAUUGGGGCCUUGGGGAAAGGAGGAGCUGAUGUGGUGGAAAAUAUAGAGGUUCGUAAUUGUACAAUGCAAAAAACCUUGGCCGGAGUUCGAAUCAAAUCUUGGCAGGGGGGGAGCGGUUAUGCAAGGAAUAUAUCAUUUAAGGCCAUCAAGUUUGAUGCAGUUUAUAACCCUAUCUUGAUUGACCAAUACUAUUGUCCCACUCAGCAGGACUGCAUAAACUCUACAUCAGCUAUCAGGUUAAGUGAUAUAUCAUACAGUGGAAUAACGGGGACAUCAAUGAUGGACAGUGUGAUAAAUCUAAGUUGCAGUGAAAGUGUGGCAUGCACCAAUAUUGCUAUGGAUAAUGUGUAUAUCAGUUCAGUAAUCCCAGGAAGAAAGGUUUUUGGCAAAUGCAUUAAUGCACAUGGAAGAAUUAGCCAUGUUAAACCUUGGUUUAACUGCCUGAAACCUUAGUUCAUUGUAAUUGAUGCAUUUGGCCAUUGCACUGUAUUUUAUAUUAUAUAUGUGUUAAUAAGCUUUCGUAUAUGAUCUAAGACCCUUUCAUAUAUGAAGUUAUUUUAUUAGACAAAAAUAAAAAUAGUUGGGCCAAA